GGUCACAUAUCCAACUUGCACAGUUUUGUCUCACAAAACCCACUUGAUAGUAUAUUCUGAAAGCUCUGGAAGUCGAAGAUAUAUGCCUCUUCUUCUAUAUAAGUUAGAUAGCAAAGCCAAAGUCUCUCAGUGCCAUAACCAUUUGUUUUAGUAGAUAUUUUCAGGUUACUUAUUGGCCUACAGAGACAUCCUAAAAUUAUGGCUCAAAUAGCGAAGAUUGAGGUUCAAGCAGAGAUAAAGUCUUCAACUGAAAAGUUGUAUGGCUUCUUUAAAAACCAAAUGGGACGUUUGGUUCAGAUGUUCCCUCAAAACUUCAAGAGUUGUGAAAUACUUGGAGGUGGUAAUGCUCUCACUUCUGGCACCAUCAUGUCUUGGAAAUAUGACCUUGGCAGUGGACCAAUGUCAGUGAAACUAAAAGUUGAAGAUGCAGACGAGGAGAAUAAAUCGAUUUCGUUUGUAGUUCUUGAUGGAGAUCUUCUGAAGUUGUACAACACUUUCAAGCCAAAAAUUCAUAUUUUUAAGGACAGCAAUGGUAAUGCCCAAAUCAAGUGGUCUAUUGAAUUUGACAAGGCAAACCAAAAUGCUCCCAGUCCAAGUAGCUAUUUGGAUUUGGCAAUUAAGGUCUCUAAAGGCCUCGAUGCUUACCUUUACAAUAAUUGAAUUAGAUAUUGGCUAGAUAGUAUCAGUACCUUGUUGUGAUGUGUAUGUAAUUCAAUAUCUGAUUGUAAAAAUUAAGGACUUUCUUUAUUUGGAAGCCAAAAUAGUUAAAUAAGACUAUUAGGUCUGUAAAGAAGUUUAUGUUUACAUGUUUUGAAAUGUAUGUUGCUCUAUUCUAAUUCACAUAAACAA